AUGUUGAGAAGAAAGAAGGCUUUCCAGACCACGGCGAGAUACUUCUCGAUGUUCUGCAAUCAAGAACGGGGGCAGGAGGCCCCCUAUGAAAUGAAGCAGAAACUGAAGCGGCUUGUGAGCGUCACGCUGUCGGAUCAAUACGAACUUGAAUUGAGCGCGCAGGAGCAACCUCCGUUCAACAUCGAUGAUCUGUUAUUCACGACGUAUCACCUGCUGGCUUGGUGUCCUAUCACAUUUCCAACCGUGCGAAGUAUUUUUCAAGUGAAUACCCUCCGGAAAAUGAUGACCUCCACCAGUGCCCGGCCGGGGACGUUGAUCGAGUCGUCGGGAUAUAUUCAUGAGAACGACGCACUGAAAUGGAACGACAUUGAACUCUUCAUGGUGAAACAUCCCGAACAUCCCACCUCCCAGGUUCUCCUGAUGAGGGUGAGGCAUAGAUUGAACAAGGGUCGAAGGAAUGAAGGAGUGCCGCCAGUCUACACGGACACGGAAAGGAACGACAAUUUGGGACUUUGCGUCAUCCAGGACAGACUCAUGUAUGCCUUUCUCGACGACGCCUUCGACAGCGAACACACCAAAUGUCCCACCGAUAUCUGGCGCCUCACGAAAGUCCCGGAACACCGUCUCAGCACGCCGAUCAAUUUCAAGGAGCGCGUCAAGGAACUUCCGAUCCUACGAGGCACGUGCCAGGAUGCAUCGGGUCUUAUUAUCACCGAUCCCCAGCGUGCCCUGCAGUAUCAUCAAGCGCGACAGUGGGAGGCGGCGGCAAGCGAAUCGGCCAGGUUCAAAGACAAAGGAACUCUCUACAAGUACCGCAAAGGGGCAGCGGCGAAUAUAAGACAUCUCGACGAGCAUUCACGGAAUCGCAUCAUGGAGCAUAUCCAAGGGGGAACGUUCGCCAAUUACAUCUCGAUCAUGGAUGACACCCAAUCUAUCUUUAUGGAGACGCCGUCCCGAAAGUCCUUGCUCAGCCUCGUCACUCACGCGAGCAUCACACGGGACCCUUCAGCACCACAACAGGCCACGCCGGCGCAGAAAGCAACGGUGGAAUUGGAUGCCAAACUUAUUGAAUGGAAAAAAGAAUGCCAGCGACUGCGGGCGGAUCUCAUCAUGGAGUAUGGCCAGUUACAGGCUGCACAUAAGUCUGGUGACAAGUGUUCCAGUGAAUUGCAAAAGCUUCAGAACAAAGUCAAGUCUUGGCGAAAGAAACUCUGUGAUUCAGCAAAGAGUGACGCGGGCUUAUAG